UCAGCGCGCGCCAGUCGGUGGUCUGCUCUUCACACGCGCGAUGGUGUCUGCGUGACAAGAAGACAAUCUGAUUCGACGACCGCCAUGAACAUUCGCAGAAAAAAAUCCGGCCUGACCGAAGUGAAAGUCGCGGUCAUCGGAGCCUCCGGCGUCGGAAAAACCGCGCUGACUGUUCGCUUUUUGACCAAAAGAUAUAUCGGCGAAUACGACCAUCAAAACGAGGCGAGGUACAAGCAUGAGGCGCUGGUGGACGGCGACACGGUUGUUUUCGAGAUCGUAGACUCCUGUCCGGCAAGGAUGGCCGCCUCUUCUGGCGGGGGCGGCGUCCAGCAGCAACUGUGCAGCAGCGAGACGGCUGCCUGGGCCGACGGCUUCGUGUUCGUCUUCUCGAUCACGGACAAGCUGUCCUUCGAGAUGUUGCGGCUGGCCAAGCAGCAGGUCAAGGAGGCGCGCAGAGGGGCCAACUGUCCGGUGCCCUGCGUGCUCGUCGGUGGCAAGUCCGACCUGCUGCACUUCCGACAGGUCUCCAUGGACGAGGGGGAGCAGUUGGCGCACGAAUGGGAGUGCAGCUACAUGGAGGUGGCGGCGGCCGAGGAGGUGCAGUCGUCGACGGCCGUCUUUCAGGCGGUGUGCCGCGAGGUGCAGGCAGCUCGGCGGCGCGGCAAACAGAGUCUGCUGGAUCGGAUGUUCGCCUCGGCCAAGAGCGCCAAGUCUGCCGCCUCCAACAACGGCCCCCGCUUCUACGCCAGGGGCAAAAGUGACAGUGCGCUGCCGUGAUGCUGAACUGACAAUUCGGCUGUUUGGAUGCGAAUAAUUAUUAUUAUAUUUUUUAAUUCGGGACAGUCAUAAUUUUUCCUUAAGUUUUGUAAUUUUUUUUAGUUCAUGUCUUAAAUGAAAAAUGAAUUUUUAUGGUAAAAAAUUAAGCAAGUGAACGCACAUAAAUAUCUUUGGGCACUUUCCUAAAAAUCCGUAAUUUUAAAAUAUGAUUAUUCUACCCCAGAAAAUACCCUGAGGAAAAUUUGUUUGUUAUUUUGCU